CCCCAGUGUCUGUUUAGCUAAUUAGUUUGCCUUUGCUACACACUUCUUUGUAGGAAAGUGAUAUCUUUUUAAAGAGUGCCUCUCUACCUCAGUUGCUGUGAUAUGGCGGGAAACUUCUGGCAAAGUUCUCAUUAUCUGCAGUGGGUUCUGGACAAGCAGGACUUGAUGAAAGAGCGCCAGAAAGAUCUGAAGUUUCUUUCCGAAGAGGAGUACUGGAAGCUGCAGAUUUUCUUCGCCAAUGUGAUCCAAGCUUUAGGGGAACACCUGAAGCUGAGGCAGCAGGUCAUUGCUACCGCAACUGUCUACUUCAAACGCUUCUAUGCCAGGUAUUCCCUGAAAAGUAUAGAUCCAGUGCUCAUGGCUCCUACCUGUGUUUUCCUGGCUUCUAAAGUUGAGGAAUUUGGAGUUGUGUCCAAUACCAGGCUGAUCUCUGCAGCUACAUCUGUGUUGAAAACAAGAUUUUCCUAUGCCUUUCCAAAGGAGUUUCCUUACAGAAUGAAUCAUAUAUUAGAAUGUGAGUUCUACCUUCUGGAGUUGAUGGACUGCUGCCUGAUAGUGUACCACCCCUACAGACCACUGUUGCAGUAUGUGCAGGAUAUGGGACAGGAGGACAUGCUGCUGCCCCUGGCCUGGCGAAUAGUGAAUGACACUUACAGGACAGACCUGUGUCUGCUUUACCCUCCCUUCAUGAUUGCCUUGGCCUGUCUGCAUGUGGCCUGUGUGGUGCAGCAGAAAGAUGCCAGGCAGUGGUUUGCAGAGCUGUCAGUUGACAUGGACAAAAUCCUGGAGAUUAUCCGUGUCAUUCUGAAGCUCUACGACCAGUGGAAAAACUUUGAUGACAGAAAGGAGAUAGCUGCCGUGCUAAACAAGAUGCCGAAGCCCAAACCACCUCCUAACAGUGAGGGUGACCAGAGCUCCAAUGGCAACCAAAGCAACUCCUACAGCCAGUCUUAGUGCAGCGUCUGUAUUUCCACGGGGAUCCAUAAUGUUGAUGCUCGACCUUUGUGGUGUCAGUUGGGAUAAAACAAACAAAAAAAACAAACAAAAAAAAACCACAUUUCAGCCGACCGAGAUGUCCCUUCAUCUUUGAAUGACACCCCCAAAAAACUCACGAGAGCUACGUCUUCACUUUCCUCCUCUCUGAUCAUUGUGGGUUAAUGGAUUGAGCGAGCGGCCGCUGAAAUGCUUGCAGUGAUGAGCUGAACGGCGACGACGCCUGGUGAGGCUCUCCACUCCGCUGAAGACUUGAAAUGAACUAAAACUGAGGAACAUUUGGGGUGGUUUGGGAAAACUGAUGGGAGAACACAUGUGGCAGUUUAGUCGAAACCUGUUUUAAUGUCAUUGUGAUGAUCCUGACAUCCUUGAACAGCCCAGAGGAGCGAGUCCUUUCCUGUGGAGCUCCGCGGGAUUCGAGAAAACUUGAUCGCAAGCUGUGUGUGUGUGAGUGAGUCUGUGUGUGUGUGUGACUGGCCAGCCUGGGUGGGUUUUCAUUCCUCAGGGACUAUAGUAGUCUUCUCUGUAAAACGAUUUGAUCCUGUGCUGUUAGAGAGUGAAUCUGAUUGGAUAUCACCCUGUGCAACUGUGAUGUGAUUGGAUGCCCUGUGAGGUCUGUGCUGGUUGAUCGUGACCCUUGGCAGGAAAAAAUCCCAAGAGAGGCUUCUCUUUAUGGUAGAAAUGAACUCUUUGAGUACAAUUUACUGUUUUGAAUCAUGACACCUCCACCUCCUCCUCCCAUUCCCUCUUUGUUGUAAAUAAACUUAUAUGGUGGCGUGCAAAAGUUUGCGCACCCCUCCUCAAAAUUUCUGUUACUGUAUAUAGCUCACCAAUGAAAGGAUGACCUGAUUUCCAAAAGGCAUGAAGUUAAAGAUGACACAUUUUUAAAAACAGUUUAAGUUAGACUACUUUUUAUUUUCGUCUUGUACAGUUUCACAAUAAGUAAAAAGGAAAAGGGCCUGAAGCAAAUGCUUGGGCACCGUGCAUGGUCAGGACUUAUUAACACCCUUUUGGCAAGUAGCAGCUUGUUAAGACUUUUUGUAGCCAACUAAGAGUCUUUCGGUUCUUGUUUCGGAGGUUUUCAUCUCUUCUUCCUGCAAAAAGGCUUCCAGUUCUGAGAGAUUCUUGGGCUGUCUUGCAUACUCUUGAAAUCUACCCACACAUUCAGCUCAUGCCUCUUGAGGUGAUCCAUUGUGGAUUUUGUGGUGUCUUUAGGAUCAUUGUCCUGUUGUAGAAGCCGCCCUCUUUCAAUCGUUAGCGUUUUUACCGACGCUGUGAUGUUUGCCUCCAGAAUCUGCAUCUUUGCUCAUUGUGGCCAAAAAAAGUAAUAUUUUAGCUUCGUCUGUCCACAGGAAUUGUUUCUGAAUUGCAUCAAACUUGUUUUUUGACACUGAAUUUUGUGGCGAGGAUGCAGAGAAGGUUUUUUCUUCUUGAAGGUGUUUCACAGUCAGCUGGGAGCUUUGAUUUUUCCUUUGUGGUGAUCCUAUUCAUCUGGCCUUUUGUAGCGAUGGCUGUGACGACUGAGAAACAAAUGACUAAUCUUGUUUAAAAUGUUAAAGAGGGAUGUUUCAUCUUUAGCUUUGUGCCUUUUGGAGAUCAGUUCAUCUUCUACUCACUUAACUGUUCACAAGAACAGAAAUUUUGACCAGCGGUGCCCACACUUCUGCAUGUCACUGUAAUUCUGUUCUUUUAUUUUAUCUUUAAUGUUUUUGCUUAAUUAAAUGGAAAACUUGAACAGGUUUCAAUUCAUAGUUGUGCUUCAGAUGAAAGUGCCCGUUUUUUUUCACUGUCAUGAUUCUGUUUGCCUGCUGCAAAGCUUCUUCUUUAUUCUUUUUUUCAUUUAUUCUGCUAUACUGUACAAUAUUUUCUGUAAAGUUAUUUUUUUGUAAAACUUUUUUGUUCAAGGAAAGGCUUUUUUGAGUAAACAAAUUGCAAUAAUUUUAGAUUCGUCUGCAAAGUUUUGGUUGUACAUUCUUCUUUUUCAUCGUCUGCCAUCUAUUUAAUCGCUGAAUUGUGGCAAUAUAUGUAUGUGUGCGUAUACCUGUCGAUGUCUCUAUUUCUUUGUGAUGUAAUACAGUGGGAGCUGUGUGUGGCUGUACUCAAAACAAGGUGCUUGAAAGCCUUACAAAAUAAAAGCUGCUGGUUACAGAGAAACCCCUUCAUUAAAGCACAUUGUCCUGCUCGGGCUGACUAUGAAAUGUAUUUUAGGGGUGGUUUUCAUUGCGUUGCUUGGAUGCAUCUUCCUCAGUCGCUUCCUGCACGCCUCAGUUUUCACUUGGAAAUUGUGUUAAAAGCCACGUAAACAUCACUCAUGAUAAAUGAAAGAGACGGAGAAGCCUCUGAGGGUGGAUGCAGCCUUGUUCUGCUUUGCCGUCUGGCAUUUUCCUCCCCUUCAGCAGGCUCCAUCUGUUACAUGACAGCUCACGUGAAUGGGCGUGAAAAUAAAGGGCUUCACCCCACUAAAUAUUCCUGCAAGUUCUCCUAACAUUUCCGUAAUUGCAUUACUUGAAAGCCUUUGUUUAUCAUUUUGGAAUAUCUUUUAUGGUCAAAUAAAAAUGUA